GAGCAGUCAACAGCUAACACUCUACCCGCCACGGUCGCCAGCAGCAUGGGGCGCUGGCGGACGAGAGAGCACCUCGCCGCGGCCUCCAAUCUCGCUCCACGAAUCGCUGCCUUGGAAACCGAGCUCCCGCGCUCGCGGGGCACACCCACGAGCACACCCGUACCAGGGGACGAGGAGGUGGAGGGCUUGGAAGCAGAAACCUGCGCCGGGAGGCAUGGGCGGCAGGUGGAGGUGGUGCUACUGACGGGGCGCGCGGCCAUGGCGACGCAGAGCAUGGAGGAGUGGAGGGAGAAGAGGGAGAAGAGACGCUGCUGCUUGGGUCAAAGGGAGAAGAAGGCCACACGCCCGCGAGGAGACGUAUAGCCUUCGAUGGGCCGGGGGCCCACGAGUCAGUGCGACGCAAGCAGCUUCAUCUUUUGGCUUCAUUUAAAGCUAUAGCUUUCUCCGGCAAGCCGUCGCCUCAGCUCAUCUCACUGUUUGCGAAAUUGCGGCGGCGGCGCCCAAUCUCGCGGUGCAGGGGCGGCGCCUAGUUCCAUGGCGAGAUAGCAUUCCGGUUUGCCGGAGGAGAUUGCCGUCAAGAGCGAGAGAGAGCAUCGGCGAAUCAUUUUGAGUCUGGUGUUCCUCCUCUUCCUCCCGGCGAUGGGGAAUUGGAAUCACCAUCGGCGGCCAUGGUACAGGAGGACCCGCCACGACCGCGCUCCACGACCGCCUUCCCCUCCUCCUGAUCUCGGACACAAUUGCCACCCAAUCCCAUUAUGGGAAAGGGAAUUUUGCAUUUAUGUUGGCGGCAUUUCUUGGCACAGGUUCUGUGACAACAAGAGAUAUGUCUGCAUGUAUAAGAACAUAGAGCAAUGGGAUGACUCAGAAGCCUUUGAUAAUUUUAAGAAUGCAAAGGCUAGAUUCUGGGCUAAUUACCAUGGUCAACCUUCAGACAUAUCUUUGCCAGACCCUGAUAUGUAUAUUGACAAGGUUGACCACAAUAGCAAGAUCGACCCUGAGUUGAUAGCUGACCUGAAUAUGGUACGGUUACCAUUCGAGAUGGAUGAUGAGUUACUCCCAGCUGAUGGAUUGGGCAGCACUGAUACAGAUAACAAGUGCCAGCAGAGGCAGAACCAAUCUAGAAACUGGGACAUCUAUGUAGAAAAGCCCACCGAAGUUAACAAGUGGGAGCAAGAUUCAAGAUCCAACAUGGACUGGGGAACAAAGCAUGAAUCUUGGAAUGAGUGGAGUAAAAAUUGCUCUGGUUGGGGUAGUGCCUUGGCGGAUUCUAGUUGGGGCAAUUGGAAUAAUAGUAACAAUCAUCAUUCAUCAAAUAACAGGGCUAGCUUCAAUGGGAUCAACAGGAAUAGAUACCAGGACCCAAGCAGCAUAUCUGGAAGGAAAAGGAAUAGUGGUGGGUACAUUCAGCAAAGAAACAGUAGACAGAGAAACCAGAUUGAGGGCUACCAAGGAAGUAGAUGGUGAGACCCUAAAGAAAAGAACAUCUCUUUACAUAAUAGUGUAAAUGGCCACACAAUAGAAUGUGGCUUCUUAGUUAGUAGUUUGAAAGAUUGGAUGAGAAAUGAAUCCUUGUGAUCUUUUUGUCUGGAGCAGUUGGCAAUACUUAGCAGUUUGAACAAUUAUACAUGUAAAGAGAUGUUUGAGUUAUUUUUCCUGUUAGUCUAUGGAAAGAAAGUUUCUUCAUGUUGUUUGAAACAUUUUGUUUUUGGGUAAUGGAAGCAGAAUGCUGCCAUUUCGUUGUAAAGGUGAUCACCAUAAGUUAGUUGCUUUUUUCCUUUCUUUCUUUCUUUCUUUCUUUCUUUCUUUCAAGUUCCAUGAAUAUGUGGUUUGUUCAAGUGAAA